UCUGUGUGCUGGUUGGGCCAGGAGGCGGUCAGCAGGUUUGGAGUUGGUUAUCCCAUUCACCUCUGUUUGCAUCACCGUGUGGCUCGGGCUGAGUUAACAGGGCAACGUGAAAAGCUGAGCCCUCAGGGGCUGUGGGUGUUCAUUUGGGUUGCAGCUGUUUCUCCUCUCUCCUUUCCCUGGCAGAGCGCCGCUAACAGCGCACGAGAGUUGGUCAUCCAGAGGCUGAUCUUCGUGGGGAAGGUGUGUGAGAACGAGGAGCAGCGGCUGCUGGAGGAGGUGCACGCCGAGGAGGAGCGGGCGCAGCAGAGCAUCCUGACGCAGCAGGCACACUGGACGGAGGCACUGCAGAAGCUGUCUGCCCUCCGCACGUACCUGGUGGACAUGAUCACCAACCUGGAUGACCAGGGCUUGGUGGUGAGUGCCCCUCCCCGAACCAAGGGAUGGCCCAGCUGCUCAGAAACAGCCUCGGUUUUUCAUCGCGGACGCUCAGACUUAAUUAUGGCGUUGAUUAGUUUGUGCAGUGACAGCAGGCAGCUGGAAUUGGGCUUCAGGUGAUCCCAACAAUCCCCCCGGGUUUCUAGGUGGGUGUGAUGCUGCCCACUUGGUGCAGGUCAGACUGGGCUGUCAGCUUUCUGCUGCCCUAUUAAUAAAAAUAUGGUCCUGGGAGCACCUGCAGCUCUUCUUGGAGGUCCAUCCUGUUGUGCAGCAUAUACCUCUGUCUGAGGUAUUAACCAUACAAAGCAGUGUCUGCUUCUCUUUGCUCAGCUGCUUUUCCAGCUGCUAAACUGCAUUUUACUAAUCGGCUCUUCUUGCUUUAGAUGCAGGCAGGGAGGCACUGCACCUCCUGCUUGCUCUUAGCUGCUGCUCAUCAUAUCUAACCUGAUGGAGAGGGCCAUAAGACCCUUUUAUUUCUCCUUUUGCCAAGUAAAGGAGGGGGAAUAGCAUUCAUAAA